AUGGCACCAGAGAAUUGGCAUCGCGGAGAUUAUCUGGUCUCGACCGAUCCUGACCUGCUCCAGGUCGAUGCCGUCAAUGCCGCUCUAGGCUCUGAGAUGGUAUGGUGGGCUGGGGAUCUGCCAGCCGCGGCCCUUCAGGAGGCGCUGCACAGUUCCCUCUGUUUUGGCCUCUACCAAAAGACACCGAUAGAGACAUCCAAUGGGGCGAAGUCCUCUUCAACUUCAAAUGGCGUCGAACAGUCUCCGAACAAGACUUCCGCCGCUCUGAAGCAGAUCGGGCUCGUGCGAGUCAUUACGGAUAACGUCACGUUCGCUUACCUGACUGAUGUCUAUAUCCUGGACGGGCAUCGGGGAGCGGGCCUUGGGCGCUGGGUACUCGAAAUCUUGAAUGAGAAGCUGCGCAGCUGGCCGCAUCUUCGACGCGUGAUGCUUUUGACGACGGACAAGAUGCAUCUUUUUAACCGGAACCUAGGGAUGAAGGAUUACAGAGAGUUUGAUGGCAUGAAGGGAGUUUCGAUCGCGAUGGUUGAAGGCCCGGGCGCCCAGCAUUAA